GCGCUGUUGAGAACGUCUCCAAGCCGGGCCUACAUUGCCCAGAAGGCCCCGCGGCUUGCUGGAAGUGACGCCUUAUGGUAUCCGGUGUGGCCAUGGCGGACUCCACGCAGAAUGGACGCAUGCCGGGCGGGGCCGGUGGCGGAGCUGUGCAAUUUCUGAUGGCUAACAAGUUGGAUACAGCAAUGUGGAUUUCCCGCUUGUUCACAGUUUACUGCUCAGCUUUAUUUGUCCUGCCUCUUCUAGGGUUGCAUGAAGCAGCAAGCUUUUAUCAGCGUGCCUUGCUGGCAAAUGCUCUCACUAGUGCCCUCCGACUACACCAAAGGCUACCCCAUUUUCAGCUUAGCAGGGCGUUUCUGGCCCAGGCUUUGCUGGAGGACAGCUGCCACUACCUGUUGUACUCUCUUAUCUUUGUGAAUUCCUACCCUGUUACAAUGAGUAUUUUUCCAGUUCUGCUGUUCUCUUUGCUUCAUGCUGCUACAUAUACAAAGAAGGUUCUUGAUGCACGAAGUUCAAGCAGCCUGCCCUUUCUGAGAAAUAUUUUGGAGAAACUGAAUGCUAAUCAACAGAAUAUUCUGAAAUUCAUUGCUUGCAAUGAAAUUUUCCUAAUGCCAGCUACAGUUUUUAUGCUGUUCAGUGGGCAAGGGAGUCUGCUCCAGCCAUUCAUUUACUACAGAUUUCUUACAUUACGCUACUCUUCUCGGCGAAAUCCAUACUGUCGGACUCUCUUCACCGAGCUGAGGAUUGUUGUUGAACACUUAAUAAUGAAGCCCUCGUGCCCUGUUUUUGUAAGAAGACUAUGCCUCAGCAGCAUUUCCUUCAUAAGCAGAUUGGCACCAACUGUUGCAUAGCCAAAUUUCAGGCACUUGUGUCUUGUGAACAUUAUGAGCAGCUAGCACUUCUGCUGAUGAUUAAAAAUUCCUGGUUUUACACUGAUCUCACUCCAGGCUGUAUAAAAAUGUGUAUAUGCUUUUCUGGAGAUAAUAUGAAAUUUAGCAUAUCAAAAGCAAGUAAUGGAAACUUAAAAUUACUGUGCUGUAUUGCUAAUUGGUGAAAAAAGUAGCUGCAUCCUAUCUAAAACAUGCCCAGUCAUACAGAAUUAGUUUUUUUUUAGGAAUCGACAGUUGUUUGAGGCUGAUUAAAUCUUUAAGGUCUGUACUCAGUAGGUUUAUAUUAGUUGGAACUAUAGCUGCUAUAGGAUGUCUCCAGUGGAUAGCAGUUGGUAUACAUAACUAUGCAGUACAUUUUGGACAGUAUUCUUCCGCUUCCUAAAUUUAUCUGUAGAACCAUUUCAUCUAAAUUACUAUACUCAGUGUAAAUUUAUGACCCACUUUGAAUUUAACAAAAAGGAUUAAAAUCUAUGAAGCUGACAUAGUUAAUACCUUUUCUGAAGGAGAGGUUAUUUUUAUUAAUACUACUUAGAACUUUUCCAAGUUUCUACCUUGUGACAUAGUCUUACAUUAUGUUGUUGGAAGAAGUCUCAAGACUGAUCACAGAAAACUCUGCAGUUGUCUUGUCAUAACAAAAUGUUUUACCAAGCCAAAUUGCUGACCUGUAGGCUUUUCAGACAAAGAUGCAAUGCUUAAACUUUUAGCCAUCUCUUACAUGUACUAAUCAAUGUAAACGAAGUAACUUUUGAAGAAUCAUUGCAUAUUUGUCCUUGUGUCUACACAAAUGUGAGACUGCAGUAAUUCGAGCAUGUCAGCUUUUUAGAAAAUUAAUCUGUAGCUAGCUCUAUAUAAAUGGUUAUUCCAGUUUCUGAGACUCUCAUUGUGAUGGGAAAUUUGCAUAAAGGAUUGCACCUGUUUAGGCAGCUUCUGAAACAAAUGAGUGUAGGAUUUCUUGGCAUAAAUCCAUCCGAUGACUGAUCCUAAGCCAGUGUCAUGACUACAGACGUGAAUAUUAACUUGAGUGCUGAUUAUGCAUUCAUCCAGCAGCUGAAAGGUAGGUAGUGGGGUGG